CAGAUGGGCCUUUCUUGCAGGGAAGUCUCAGGCCUGUAAAAUAUAGAGUUUUAAUGUACUCCUUUCCUGUCCCUAUAGCUCUUCUAUAUUCAAACUUGACCUCUGUCCUUUUUCUCCUGGAGGGAACAGGGAUAUUGGAAAUUCGUCUCCAGUUUUCACUGAAAGUGAGUAAAUUGCUCCCUCUAUAUACGGCAUAUGAGGUAUCUAUAUCCAAGCAGGGAAACAAAAAGGAGAAUAAAUUGUGAAAGAGCUUUAGUGGCUUGCUAUGGACUGGGACUGGAAGGACCUCGGAUGGGAUUCAAUUGAGUUGGAGGAAAAAGAGGAUAGCUGCCUUGCCGGCCUUGUUGGCUCCAGUGGAUUUAUGGUGGACUUGAAGCUCGGUAGGAUAUCUGCUGAUAUGGAAGAAGAGAGAUCUGUAGAUGGCUUGAAGGACCAAGGAGCCUCAACAAUGGUGUCAUCGCCUUCAGGACCAUCGAAAAGGACACGUAUGCUCAGUGGGACUCAAAAAAUUUCAUGCUUAGUUGAUGGAUGCAAGGCAGACCUCCAUAAGUGUAGAGAGUAUCAUCGGCGCCACAGGGUUUGCGAACGCCACUCGAAGACCCCAGUGGUGACUGUAGGGGGAAAAGAGCAGCGGUUCUGCCAACAAUGUAGCAGAUUCCAUUCCCUGGGGGAGUUUGAUGAUGAGAAGAGAAGCUGCAGGAAACGCCUUGAUGGACACAACAUGCGCCGAAGGAAAUCUCAGCCGGAACCCCUUUACCUCAGUUCUGAGCAGUUUCUGUCGAAUUACAAAGGCCCCAGAAUCUUGCAAUUCAGUAGUCCACAGAUAUAUGCGACUACUACUCUGAGAAAUAGCCGGCCUGGGAUUGCUAGAAGUGAAGCAGAAGCUAUGAUUUAUAAUCAUCACCGACGCUUGCCUAUUACUGAUGGACAAAGUCCUCCGAAUUCCUUUGCCUUCAUCUUCAAUGAGGAAAAUAAACUGUUCUCUUUCGUACAGGAAAAUGACCCUAAAGGAGGCAAUCAAGCAGCUUCUGAAGCUUCUGUCUACCACCCACUUCCUAAUAGCAUUGCUUCAUCGGAAAGUGGAAGGGCUGGCCAUAAUAUGUUGUCGGCCAGCGGUAUAACACAAUCCAUUGACUUGGGUUGUGCUCUCUAUCUUCUGUCAUCACAUCCCACACAAACUUCAGCAAGAGGUUUGAGCCACUUGGUCGAGUCCAGUGUGAGCCAUCCAAUUCAAUCCUUGGACUCAGUACAGCAGUCUAAUGGAGUGGCUCAGUACUCAUGCUCUCAUGGCAUAAAGGACAAGUCUUCUACAGGCCUAGUUUUUGUUCCUGAUGCGAAUGAAACCAAUAUAUACUGCAGUGGAAUGUUUCAAGGGGCGCUUGAUUCCUUGUUGGAAAGUUAGGCCUCACCAAAGCUGCCUAUUUGGUAGGAGUAAUCUGCUCCUGAGGUAAUUUCCUGGUUGGGGAAUGCUUACUAAUCUUUCCGCUUCAAUAAUAUUUUCGGGAGUAAGCAACUCAUGAAAACUCCCCCAAAGCUUUUAGUUGUGGAAUGUUAUUGACUUCCUUUCCCCGCCGGGGAAAGCGUGGAUUGUUUUAAAUACUUGUAUCGUGGCUGCGUAUUAUUUUCGGAUGUAGAUCGGGUUCAAUGAGCUGCUCGUAUUGCUUGGACAGGUGAAGGUCUACUUGUCCUCUCACAUGAACUGCCCGUAUUGUCAUUGCACCCGACUAUUCUCUAUAUAUGCUCUUUGUUUUUAGAGGCAUAGUAAACUCUAUCUAUGCUAUA